UAAAAAUACUAUCAUUAGCGGAUAUUUUAUUAUUCCCCGAAAACGAAAUUCAAAAUUUGAUUUUUAGAAAGAAUUGCGCUCCUUUCUCCCAACUCUAGACGCUAGGCUGAGUUUAGGCAGACCAAAGAACAGCUCUGUUCACUUUUCAGGUAAAAGAAAAAAGAAAAUGAAGAAGCCAAAUCGUCGUUCUAAGCAAAAGAGCGGCUCCGCUGAUUCUUCUACUUCGCCUUUGAUCGUAUCGGGUGAGAAGGGAAAUCCGGCUAAUAGGAUCCGAGAUUUGGAGCUAGAAAAUGAGACUCUUAAGAGGGCGAUUGAGGAGCUAAGGAGCAAAGUGGUUGACGUUACACCAAACUCCUGUGUUGGUGUUCAAAAACUGGAUCAAGGGCAUUCUCGAAAUUCAGAGACCUCUACGAAGAUUGUGGAGUUGAGGAAACUAGGCAUACAGUCUCAACUCUCGGCAAAAAAGCCUAAAUCAGAUGAAAUGUCAGAACAGUUCCAGGAUGAGAUUCAAAGAUUAAAGGUGCAAAAGGUUCAGCUCCAAUGCAAGAUGAAGCUUGAAUCGAUGCAGUUCAGGUUAUGCAAGGCUUCGCUUGAAAAGGAAAUUCUUCAGCUUAAGAAAGAGCAAAGGAGGAACAAGUAUGAGAAGCAUGUGCUCUCAACUCUCAUUCAGAGGCAAAAGCAUGUAUUGCAGCAGAAAACAAAAGAAGCUUUUGUGGCAGCAAAACGUCUAAAACAGCUAACUGAAUCUAGAAAGGCUACAUCUGGCAAAAUAGCUGGUGCUAGAAUUGGCAUCAACAUUGGAACUCAGGGUAUUGAGAAUGACUUUGAAGCCAAACUGAAGCUUGAUGAAGUAUGUUCAAAAUACGAACAUCGAAUUGAAAAGAUGGUUGAUGAGAUAAAGAAACUCAAGCUGGAAUUGGAGAUGCUAAGGGAGGAAAAAUCCAGUUCAAGCUGCAGGACAGGCGAUAAUGAAACUUCCAUAGAUGAUUCAGAGUUAACAGAUCUAAGAGAAGAAGUUGCUAAACUAAGUUGUAUGGUUAGCCAAAUGAAAAUGUCAAAGGCACAACUCGUUCCAGCAGAUAGGUCACAAGCAGACUUGGUCCAGACUUCUGUUUCCAUUGGGAGUAAUAUUCAUGCAUCCGGCACAGAUGCAUCUGAAUCUGAGUGUUCUCAGGGAAAUACUUCAAUGAUAGAGAAACCUUCAGGAGUGUGCUGCUCCUGUUCCAAAAAGUCUUUGUGUAAGACCCUCAAAUGCAGAUGUCGAUCAGCAGGGAGCAGCUGCGGGGCGUCUUGUGGCUGCGCAUUGGCCAAGUGCACGAAUAAUAAAAAAGUUCCUUUCAAAUUGGACGACAUACCACAACCAAAGAUGCCAGAAGAUAUCGUUGAAGAACUGAAAGGCACGAUUCAUGAUACUAUCCUGAUUCAAAAUAAAACUGUUAAAAACAUUCCUGAUACAAAUGAAGACUGCGGAUCUAGAAAGCAGCCAUUACGAGAGAUUGGGAACACAAUGGUCAAACCAACUGCUGCAAAACUUGACCCUAGAAAGAAAGGCCAAAAAACAGUCAUUCAGCCUGAUACUAAGGAUCAGCCAUUACCUGUGAUAGAAAAUACAAGAGGAACAAGAAGAACAAACAAAAUUUCAGGUUAGCCCUUAUAGUAUUUUUUCCAAGUACCCCGGAAAAUUAUCUGAAAGUGUACGAGUUACUUGCUCGAAAGCAUUGUACUCAGGCGAACUAUAGCAUUGGCUACUAGAGGUAUUCCUUUACUAAGUUUCACAUGGGAUUUUGAGUGUUUUUUCUUAUUGAAAUAAGCAUACAAAUUUUAUAGGGAGAGAUGGGUUCGAGAACAAAUUUUGAGCUUUAAACAUGUUGCUAAUGGUUGUUAGAACCGAACUAGACAAAAGGAUUGAAUGAAAUUUUGAGCAAACCAUUUGGAAUCAGGACAAAA